AAAAUGAAAGACAAAAACAGUGGAAAAAAAAGGGUAAUAAAAAACAAGAAACAGAAGAACUCAUUUCUCUUUGACUACUCUAAGGGAGAUCUCUUUCUCCUCCGCCGAUCUGCCUCUCAGGGUAUAAGUUGAUAUUCACUGUGAAAGCUUCUUCAAGUCAGCAUUUUUUCUAUUGAUAUUCAAGACACAGAGGGACUGCUUCUCAGCUAGGAAUGAUUUUUUGCAUCUAUUGACACUUGUGCAAUGUCGGGGUUACUUAAUUCUUCUAUCAACGGAUCAGCAUCAAAUCUUCAAGAUAGUAGUGGGCGGUCUUUUGCUACAUCUUUCUCUGGUCAGUCUGGUGCAGCUUCCCCUGUUUUCCAUCAUACCGGUACGAUUCCAGGUCUGCAUAAUAUUCAUGGUAGUUUUAAUGUUCCCAAUUUGCCGGGUAGUCUGUCAUCAAGAAACUCAACAAUGAAUAACAUUCCUUCUGGUGGGGUUCAACAACCUACUGGAAGCCUUUCUAGUGGAAGAUUUGCAUCAAAUAAUCUUCCUGUUGCUCUUUCUCAGUUAUCACAUGGCAGCUCCCAUUCUGGAGUAACAAAUAGAGGAGGUAUUAGUGUUGUAGGAAACCCUGGAUUUAGUAGUAACACAAAUGGAGUUGGUGGUUCUAUUCCUGGGAUUCUCUCAAACACUGCUGCAAUCAGUAACCGGAAUGCUGUUCCAGGAUUGGGAGUAUCCCCCAUUUUGGGAAAUGCAGGUACCAGGUUAACAAGUUCUAUGGGAAACAUGGUUGGUGGGGCCAACAUCGGCCGCAGCAUAAAUUCUGCUGGAGGACUAUCUGUUUCUGGUCUUGCAUCUCGGCUAAAUCUAACUGCAAAUAGUGGAUCUGGAAGUUUAGGUGUACAAGGACAGAAUCGGCUGAUGAGCGGCAUGCUUCCACAAGGAUCACCACAGGUCAGUUCAAUGUUGGGCAAUUCAUAUCCUAGUGCUGGGGGGCCUCUUUCCCAUAGCCAUGUUCAAGCAGUGAACAACCUGAGCUCUAUGGGAAUGUUAAAUGAUGUGAACUCUAAUGACAAUUCUCCAUUUGACAUAAACAAUGAUUUCCCUCAGUUGUCAAGUCGUCCUAGUUCUGCUGGGGGACUUCCAGGGCAAUUAGGUUCAUUACGAAAACAAGGUCUUGGAGUUAGUCCCAUUGUUCAACAAAACCAAGAGUUCAGCAUUCAAAAUGAAGACUUCCCUGCUUUACCAGGAUAUAAAGGUGGUAAUUCUGAUUAUGGAAUGGAUUUGCACCAGAAAGAACAACUGCAUGACAAUACAAUGUCAAUGAUGCAAUCUCAUCACUUCACUAUGGGUAGAUCUGCCGGAUUCGCAGGAUCCUAUUCUUCACAUCGUCCACAGCAGCAACAGCAACAUGCUCCCUUGACCAGUGGGCCACCUGGCAUUGCACAAAGACCAAUAAAUUCUCCAAACACAGUUUCUGGCAUUGGAUACGAUCAGUUUAUGCAGCAGUAUCAACAACAGCAGAACCAGUCUCAGUUCCGUCUGCAGCAGAUGUCUGCUGUCAAUCAGUCAUUUCGAGAUCCAAGCAUGAAAUCGAUGCAGGGUACACAAUCUCCAGAUCCAUAUGGUUUACUAGGUUUGUUAAGUGUGAUAAGGAUGAGUGAUGCUGAUCUGACUUCCCUUGCCCUUGGAAUUGAUCUGACAACACUUGGGUUGAAUUUGAAUUCAACGGAAAAUCUUCACAAGACUUUUGGUUCUCCAUGGUCUGAAGAACCUGCUAAGGGUGAUCCAGAGUUUACUGUGCCACAAUGUUAUUAUGCCAAACAACCGCCCCCCUUGCAUCAAGCAUACUUUUCAAAGUUCACAGUGGAUACAUUGUUCUACAUAUUCUACAGCAUGCCAAAGGAUGAAGCCCAAUUGUAUGCUGCAAAUGAACUAUAUAAUAGAGGCUGGUUUUAUCACAAGGAACACCGGUUAUGGUACAUAAAAGACCCCAGUGUGGAGCCACUAGCUAAGACAAAUACAUAUGAGAGAGGUUCUUAUGUCUGUUUUGAUCGAAUCACAUUUGAGACUGUACGCAAGGAUAAUUUCGUUCUUCAUUACGACCAGUUGGAAAAGAGACCAACCCUACCGCAACAUUGACUUGCUUUUUCAUUUUGCUGAUUUACGGUGUAAAUUUUAAGUGAUGUAACUCAUUCAUUAUCGAUAUUUGAAUUUAGCAAUUCUCAGUCCAUCUUAUUGCAUUAAUCCACCUUUAUGUUAUAGAGCAAGGAAAGUGAUUUGGGUCUGUUGAGAGGAGUGUGGUAAGGUGUAAGAUGGGUUCUAACCCUAGCCAUGGGAGUGUGGAAACCUUUUGUACUAGUGAAGACGCCAUUUAAAGUACUUAGCCUCCACAUUAAUUUACCUUUCUGAGUAUCCUAGCAGUUGUCAUUUCUAGUGGUAUAAGAUGAUGCAAUGAUUCCUUUGUUUUCUUCUCUUUUCUUUCAUAGUGGCUACCAAUUAACAUGAACAAAGUUA